AUGGGCUGGUUCGACCACGACGACUCUGACGAGCGCAACGCGUACGACGCUGUGCAGAAUGCGCCGCGUGAAGCGAGCCUCGGCCACGAGCUCCUUGGCGGCGCGGCCGCCUUCGCGGCCAUGAGGGAGUACCAGAAGCAUCAGGAUGCCAAUGGCAAGCCCCAGUCGUACGAGAUGGCCAAGGACAUCAUGGCCGGUCUGGCGGGAAUCGAGGUUGACAGGCUUGCCGAGACCAAGGGACUCGAUGAGAUCGACCGCAUGAAGGCGAAGCGGGCCGCCGAAGAGCGU